CUACUACACCUGACCGACCAAGAAAAAGAAUUGGAAUUAUUCUUAAGAAAGUUCAAAAGAAGAGAAAAGACGAAGACGGCGGCGCGACGCCGGGGAAGAGCGGCGGAGCCUGUACUCUCUCUCCCUCUCUCGGCUACCUUGUCGACACUCGCCGUUCUGGAGCUCCGCUGGAACUGCAAGAAAUGGAAGAUUGCAAGAAAAGCCCCUCAGACAGUUUAUCGUGCAUGGAUGCAAUAGUUCUUAGACUCUCUGAAAGCGACCCUCUAUUUGACAAAAAGAAGAAAUUAUUGCAAAGCAAGGGAUAUGAUGUGGAAGUGCAUAUACAGCUCAAGAAUGCUUCGCAUCCCAAAUGGGCACGCACUACUGCUGAAGCAAUGCUGCAAAUAUCAAGAAUUAUGCACUUGGAUGAGGCUGAACUCUAUUUUCGCAAGGAUGAUAGCUGUUCACCCAUGGGAUACUACACCCAGAAAAAUGAACUGGAAGCUCUAAAUUCGAUGCUUUCUCUUGUCAAUAGCUCGUUUCUGGAUGAUACUUGCUCUCACAAGGAUGUCCUGCAAGAUUUGCGGGAAGCAACUAUGCAGCUGAUCUGUGACUUUGGGGAUAAGAACAUUACAGAAUCCACAGUCAUCAACUCCCAGAAUUGUGACAAGGAAAACUAUCUAUUACAGUGGGGUGAAAAAAGUGGUGUAAAAAACAGGUUGCAGAUAGCUCAUAUCAAGGGGUUUGGAAGGGGGGCCAUUGCUGUCACAGAUCUAAAAGUUGGAGACGUUGCUUUAGAGAUUCCUGUCUCUGCCAUUAUUAGUGAGGACGCUAUGAAGAAUACUGACAUGUUUCCCGCAUUGGAAAAAGUUGAUGGCAUUUCAACAGAGACAAUGCUCUUACUCUGGAGUAUGAAGGAGAGAUACAAUUCUUCUUCAACAUUCAAGGAUUACUUUGACACAUUGCCAGAGGAAUUUAACACAGGAUUGAGCUUCGGCAUCAAUGCAAUUGUAGCUUUGGACGGGACACUGUUGUUAGAAGAACUAAUCCAAGCAAAAGAGCAUUUGAGGAAUCAAUAUGACGAACUUUUUCCUGCAUUGUGUGAAGAUCACCCUGACAUAUUUCCUCCAGAGCUUUAUACAUGGGAACAAUUUUUAUGGGCUUGCGAACUUUGGUAUUCUAACAGCAUGAAAAUUCAGUUUGCUGAUGGAGCACUCAAGACUUGCCUAAUCCCCAUUGCUGGAUUUCUUAACCAUUCGCUGUAUCCACAUAUCACGCAGUAUGGCAAAGUUGAUUCUGCAACAAACACUUUGAAGUUUCGCAUGUCUAGACCAUGUCACGCAGGAGAACAGUGCUAUCUUAGUUAUGGGAACUUCUCCAGUUCGCAUCUAAUUACCUUUUAUGGGUUCAUGCCUCAAAUGGAUAACCCGUAUGACGUCAUUGAACUGGAUAUAGAUGGUUCUCAGGAUGUUUGUUCUGAUGAAUUUGACGCAUCCAGUGGCACAACUCAUAUGGUGAGGGGUACUUGGUUUUCAGAUAACCAUAGCAUCUUCCAUUAUGGCCUGCCAGCUCCAUUGCUGAACCAUUUUAGAAGAGCUCGGGAAGAUAUCCUGGAUGCUGAUUCUCCUCUGCUGGAGAAGCUAAAGAUAGAAAUUGAGAUUCUUGAGGACCUCUCCUUGACUUUCAGUGGGAUGAUGGAAAACCUUAGUGAGGUGGAUAGUGAGUCCAGGGAGAACAUGGAUUGGGAUGUGAAGCUCGCAGAAGAGUACAAAAAUCUUCAAAGGAGGAUAAUUUCCUCGAUUUUGAGCUCAUGUUAUGCGGGUCGCAAGUUGGUUGAGGACGAACUUUGUAAAUCUUUGGCCAAGGACGACGGCAGCCCUUGUUAGUAGAAAGGAGUCAGCUUGAAAGUGUCGCUCUCUACAGACGGAACCUUGUCUUCAUACCAAAGAAGAUUGGAGGUUGCAACCUAAGGCUGACCUCGGGAGGAUCUGACAACGAUUUCAUGUCUCGUGCCUCAUACGAUCAUUGUUCGGCACACCUUCAGAGCUGCCAGUCUCAAGUGUCUCGAGCAGUAAAAUUCUGGAUGUGGAACUCAUCAUACUCAGCACAAAGCCUGAAGUUUUGGCGAUCUUCCCCAGUUGUCCGGCAAAUGAAGAUGUGUUGCUCGUGAGGUUUCAUUUCUUAACAUUCAGAGUUUUUGGUGACUGUUAAAUAAGAAGAAUAUGCGAUUGGUGAAUCCGAAAGGAACGUCCAUUUGCCAGUUUUGUUCUCUCCAUGUGGUCGAGUUUAAAGUUGUAUCCAGACCCAUGUAAAGAUCUCCCUCUCGAGCAAAAGGUCUCUCCAUUAUUUUCACCGUGGAUGUUAUCUUU